UGUUUUCUCUGUCUCUCUCUGGCAUCCUCGAUGCUGAAGUCCGAUACUCCCCUUGUAGGGGUUAGUGGAGGAGGGCCGUAGAGGGCAAGAACAGCCUAAGGGCCAAGCUGUUACCUCCCGUUAAACGGGUUAGGUGGGCGAUGCUGCAAGGUGCGGACGCGCCUGUAUAGAAGCGUCACAAGCGGAACCGGAAGUGACGUCAUAACAGGACGCGAAAGACGCGAGGUGCGCUCCGGUGUUCGUGCGCUAGCACACAAGGAAAACCGGUAAGGAGGGAAGGUAGGAACCCCCCUCGGCCAUCCUGUUGUUGGGGGUAAGGCAAGUAGCGCUGUAUAGCGCAGGAGAUGCGUGAACGCCAAGGUUGCCUGAGGGCAGCGGCGAUGUCGGCAGCAUUUUAUGAACACGGAAGUGUUCUUUGGCGCCAAACAGCCUGUGGCUAUGGCGUGUAGCCCUAAUAAUAAUAGUAACUAUAGUAAUUAUAUGCAUAGCAACCCUUGCAAAAUGUUGCACUGUGGGAUGUAUACUGUGCAGUUGUGCAAUAUUAAGGAAGGCAGGACUGCUUAUGCAAGUCUCUAAUUGAGUAGUGGCAUUCUGUUGCAGGUACUCACAAGCAUGGAAUCCAGUACUACGGGCAAGACACCUCACCCCAAAGGGAAAAGCCUCCCUGUCUCGGAAAAGAAAGAUAAAACACCAGAGAAAAGUUCUCCUGUGGUCCAGGAGGAGCCAGUACCUUCAGGCUCUAAGGCUAAUCAAGCCCUUGUAGAGUCGCUAGCUUCGGUCAUAAAACAAGCAGUAGUGCAAGGUUUUCAGGAAGCGACUGGCUCUAUGAAGAGACAGAGGCAUUCAUACUCCAGACAGUGGGAGUCACUGACAAUUCCCCUUCUGAGAUUUCCGACAGAGUUGUCUGAAGUACACUCACCCUUAGGCUCAGACGAAGGGGAAAUUGAGUCCGAGGAAGAAUCUAAUUUUGAUGUAUCAGUGAUUGAACCUCUAAUCAAGGCGGUGAGGCAAACAUUGACCUUUCCCACAGAUUCUUCAAAAGUUUCAUCGGCGGAUAAGCUUUUUCCUUCGUUAAAGAAGAGGUCGGCAGGUUUUCCAGUGCAUGCCUCAAUAAAAGAGAUUAUUAAAGAAGAGUGGAAGAAGACUGAGAAGAGACCUCAGACGGCUGGGAAGUUUCAAAAGAAAUAUCCGUUUGAGGAGGAGGAUGCUAAAUUCUGGGACUCUCCUCCCAAGGUCGAUGCAGCUGUGGUCAGGCUGGCUAGGAAGACGACUCUUCCAGUGGAUGAUGCAGCAGUAUUUAGAGAGCCAAUGGAGAAGAAAAUGGAGUUUAAUUUAAAGAAAUCUUUUGCAGCAGCAGGGGCAGCCUGCAGACCAGCAGUGGCUCUAACAUCUGUCUCAAGAGCAGUGAAAGUAUGGCUCUCAAAUAUAGAAGAAGCGAUUUCAUCUAAUAUUAAAAGACAAAAAUUACUAGAGAUGCUGGCUGAUUGUAAACUAGCCAUUGACUUCAUGUCAGAAGCUUCACUGGAUUUGGUUCAUUUCACAGCGAGGUCCAUGGCGCUCUCGGUGGCAGCAAGAAGAGCUCUGUGGCUGAAACCUUGGGCAGCGGACGCAGCAUCAAAGACGAAUUUGUGCCAACUUCCCUUCGAGGGAGACAUGUUAUUUGGGGAAAAACUGGAUGCCAUUAUUAAAAAGGUCUCGGGAGGCAAAAGUGUUUUUCUGCCUCAAGAAAACAAGGCGAAGCGAGGAAGGUUUGAACCUCCAUACUUCAGAGAUAAAGAUAAAUCGUUUAGGGCAUCAAGGCAAUACAGACCCGGGAGAGAAUAUUCAAGACAAUCCUCUUGGAGGGCUGGACGCCCGGGUGCCAGAAGUAAUUUGAAGAGAGCAAGUUUUUUCUCCUCUUCUUCAGCCUCAACGCAACAACAAUGA